GCAAAACGUGACGCCGACGCCGGUAAUAUAGUGGUAGAUGUGGCAGUGUAGUAGCCGGAGCUGUCGUGUUCCAUUCCUCCUAUAACCUUCAACCUUGUUUUGGGGUGAGAUGCUACAGACAGUAACUAUCUUUCUUGAAUAGCGGUUUAUUCAUUGUCAAGCGGUGAUGGAAAGAUAAAGCGGUAUUAAGAGUGCAAAUUGUGCACCGUCGCCAGUCGUCGCUUAUCUUUGUUGUUAUCGGCGCAAGUAUAAACGUGAGCUUGAAUUGCAACAGACAGUCUGUUUGUCAGUUCAUGCUAUAAAAGGUUGGUGACUAGGUAAAACUGGUGAAAGUGACAGAAAGUAGUCAGAAAAUGGCAUCGGGACAGAGAGUAUGCUUGCAGAUCAAGGAACUGGUGAAUCUGUACAAAUCUUUGGCUGCGUAUCCAUUCUUGAGCAGCGCACAGAUUUUGGGUACUGCGAAUGGCAGGCUGUCCGUACAAGCAUUAUGGACGCAGAGGAAUCUGGAGAGAAAGACGGAUCAACGCUUCUUACAGCAUUAUGACUCGAGCUCGGAGGUCUAUCCGUUUAUUUCGUUUUCUACCAGAUUUCCAAUCGAUAUUACUACAGAAUUGAUGUCAACCCUGACGAAGAAUGAGGAGCGUAGAGCCGUGUUGCGACAGGCCACGAUCGAUAAUUCCACAAAGCAGUUCAUAGAAAUCUGGGAUAAAGAACGUUUUGUGAAGAAUUAUGAUCUGUCUGCUCUGGAUGUCCAUGGCGAUGUUUAUACAGAUGCCGAGUUUCGUUCGUUUGAAUGGUCUCCGGAUAAUACCAAGAUUCUGUAUAUAGCGGAAAAGAAGCUUCCUAAGUCGGAGCCGUUUUACAAACAGAAAUCACUGGAUAAAGAUAAGGAGAAGAAAGAGGAUAACGAAGUAACGGUGGGAAAUGAAUACAUCUACAAACCACAUUGGGGAGAGCAAUUGGUAGGUAAACACCGACCUGUUAUUGCUGUCCUCGACACGACGGUGGAUGCCAUUACAAUUCUAUCUGGAAUACCAGAUGAACUUUCUCCCGGUCAAGUGAUUUGGACGAAAGAUCAGGAUAUAAUCGGCGUCGCUUGGAGGCACGAGCCGCUAUACUUAGGCCUUACCGUGUGCACCAAUAGAUGUUCUUGGAUAUUUUUAUUGAAGAAUGGAGAAUAUCGGAAAUUGUCCGAUGAUGGAUGUGCUGUGCACAGCCCUCGAAUCAGUCCUGAUGGAAAUUGCCUCGUGUGGCUGCAGAGAGAAGCAGGUGCCGUCCCACAUCAUAAUGUGCACAAGCUUGUAAUGCGAGAUUUGAGCGUGGAGCAAGAUCAUACUGUCGAGAUCGUGGAAGCAGUGCGAACGAGUAAAACGAUGAAUCAUAACAAACAGUUUUAUGGGAUAUACGGUCGUUUACCACGUCGUUGUUGGAGCGACGAUUCUCAGUACUUAUUUUUCAGCACGCCUCAAAGGAACAAUAUCGUCUCAUAUGUCGUGAAUAUAAAAACGAAAGAUAUCACUGAGAUAAGAAACGACACGAGCAGCCUUUCUAUACUGGAUGUAAAGGGAGACAUGAUUGCUUUUCUGAACACUUCCUUAACGCAGUCUUCCAGCCUUCAGAUAGGUCGUUUCAACAGCGAAGCGGCAGACAUCGGCGAUAUCUCCAGGAUUGCGCUCACAACACCAAUGGCAAUUCAGGGCUUCGAAGAAAUUACAUACGAGCAAAAUGAGUAUAAUUAUGAUAACGACGACAGCAUAAAGCAAUUCAACUACAUUUAUUUCGGCCCGAAAAGUGGUAAGGCUCGAUCGGUGCCUUUUAUAGUUCUGCCACAUGGAGGACCUCACAGCAAUUAUGCAAACGUAUUUUCUCUGGAGUGUUCGUUCCUGGUAUUAGCAGGUUUUGCGUUAGUGCAAGUGAACUAUCGUGGCUCCACGGGAAUGGGCAGCGCGACAGUGGAGUAUCUUCAGGGACAAGUCGGAACCGUCGACGUGAAGGAUUGCCUAACCGCUACGCAGGAAGCGAUCAAGAAAUAUCCUUGGCUCGAUCCUAAACGCAUAGGUCUCUGCGGCGGAUCUCACGGUGGAUUCUUGGUGGCACAUUUGAGCGGGCAAGCUCCAGAUCUAUUCAAAGCGGUAGUUGCAAGAAAUCCGGUAAUCGAUAUCGCGACCAUGUUCGGCACAUCCGACAUCCCAGACUGUCGCAAUGCUCUGACUAAGGAAGAGAAAAUAGCGUAUCUUCGUAAUGUGUGCGCUGUGGAGACAGGUGUUCCCAACAACGCUACUGGUCCUGGACCCGAAGACGUCGACAUGAUCGUGAAAAUGAGGAAAUGCUCGCCCAUCAUGCACGUCGACAAAGUCAAGGCGUCGACCUUGGUCUGCAUUGGAACGAAGGAUCUGCGUGUGCCAUCCUCCCAAGGAACGAUGUGGUACAACCGGCUCAAAAUUAACAAAGUGAAAACUAAGAUGCUCGUGUAUGACGACAAUCAUCAGUUGUCAACUGGACCAGCUGAGAUCGAUCACGUUAUCAACAAUUGUCUGUGGUUGCUGGAGCAUACGGCUACAAAAUCCGAAGACAAAGAAUAAUUCACAGCGUUCGAUUGUAUGUGGGUGUGUAUGUGUAUAUAUACAUAGAUCUUUAUUAUCACAAAAUGAAUAUUUACACGAUUUUAUUACAUACAUUUUAUAAAGAUUCUUACAUAAUAAUCAAUCUCUAAAAAUAUACGCACUCGUCUAAGAUUUGUAUACGUUCUAUAACAUUUUUAUGUUUAAUAUACGUACAAAAAUUGGGUAAUUAUUCACUUUAAGGGAAGCACCCUCGAUGACUUUAACCAUGACAUAUGUCAUAUGACAUAUGACAUAUUGUCAAGGUCAUGAUCCUGAGACCUUUAGAAAGUUUUAGCUGCCGCUCGUCGUCCGUUAAAAAGUUAUAAACAAAAAAACUGAAAAGUUUUUGAUAUGCAUACAUCAAAAACUUUUCAAUUUUUUUUUGUACUUUUCAUGCGAAGCGAGAUUAAUGUCAUAGGAGGUGAUUCCUCUAAGUGAAUAAUUACCGUUAAUUUUUACAUUUUUAUUAAUAAUUUUUUAAAACGAGCGACGGCUAAAACUUUUUGAAGAUCACUUAGAGUCACUACAUAGACAACAUAUGCCAAGAGCAAAGUCAUUAGAAGUGCUUUCACCACCUUGACAACAUAUGUCAGUCAGAGUCAUCGGAGGUAGUUCCCCUAAAGUGAACAAUUACGAAAAAUUAUUUUAUUUAUAUAUAUCUGUAUCUAUAUGUAUAUAUAAUGUAUACAUAUAGAUAUGUGUAUAUAUAUGUCGCGCAUAUUCAUGUAAAGUAAAUGAUAAUGCGUAGCAUUAUCAAAAUAUAUACUACAAUAAGUUCACAUACCACUCGUUACACGAAUGUCUAUGAACACAACAGAUCCCAUCAGAUUCUUUUUUUUCGAGAUAUUGUUAUCAAACGUCGUAAGUAAGAUGUAUAACAACAUUAACUGAAAUAUUUGAAACUAACACAAAUGUAAAAGUCCAUGAGAUGUAUCUUUAAAUUUAAUAGUUAAAAAAAUACUGCACCGUUAUUUUGA